AAAAAAAUAAGUAACGAGGAAAACGUGAAAAACAAAGCAAGAAAAGGUCUCGUUUCUUGGCCAGAAGGUGACGACGAGCGGUCUAAGUUUCGCCAAUCAGUCAGUUAAUGAUGCUGCCACCGGGGGCUGCAACUGCGGAUUCGCCCCGCAGCUGCUAAUUAAACUGCAUCAACGACGACCCACAGCAAUUACUGCAGCAACAAUAACAUCAACAAUAGCAUCUCAGCAAUUUGGUAUCAUUGGAAAAUAAACCAUAAUGUCGCUGGUUUUGCGAAGUCAACGCGCCUUCAUUGAGGAAAAUGCUCGUCAGUCUUCUGGCGGUGGUUCCUCCUCGAAUCCCUCGGUGGCUCCUGGUGGAAAUCGCUCUGUGCGCAGCUGCAACUGCUGUCCCUAUGGCUACCACAUCGACCUGGACUUUGUGCGCUACUGCGAGGCCCUGGCCCAGGCCAAGCCCAGCGAGGAGGAGCAGCGACGCCGGGACCGCCGAAGGUCACGCAAAUCCAUGGAAUUUAUGCUGGGCUUUGAGAGUCUCUUUGGCAGCGACUGGCAAGCCGAGUCCAGGGUUCAGGGGAAACUAAUAGAGGCCGCACAUGAAAGCGAGCCGGAUUCGCCACGUCCCAUUGGAUCGACACAGUCGACGGCGGCGGCGGUGUACACCACCAUGCCCUGCUACCGACCGCGCUCCUCGUCCGUGCCGCGUUUCACCUACGGCAGCAUCCCGCCUCGAUCGGAGUCUCCCUUUGGCACCGCCUCCUCCACCUGCUCCUCGCUGCGUGGCGGCGUCGAGAGCGAUGCUGCAGUAUAUCAACAGCGACAUCGUCCUCCGGCAAUCAGUCCGCCGGAGACUCGAGCCUUCCUGCACGAUGCCCUCGACGAGGUGUGCAGUGAUUUUGAGAGGACGCUGGAAAGGACAUCGGUGAGGAGGCGACAAAAGACCAUGCCCUACCAGCACUCCUUGUCCAUGGAUCGGAAUAACAACAAGCUGAGUCUGAGCCUUAGUCUGAGCAAUGGACAUGGUGGAGUGCUCAAGGAGAAUCGGAGUCCUCGGCUGGGCAACAGCACGUGGGAUCGGUACUUUGAUGUGGCAGACUCCUGCAUAGCGGGUAAUCGAUCGCCCACGGACACGCCACGCCCCUUUCUGCGCUCCAACACUCUGCCCCUGCAACAGCGUCCCAGCCCAGCAGAGGUGCAGUACGAGAGCUAUGUCCAAGCCACUGUGGCAGCCAAUGCCAAGUCUCCCGUGGAGCAGCUGGAAUCCCUCAAGUCACCGGGUGUGGCACCACCGCCACCACCCAGGCGCCACCAUCUAUUGGCCAGCACACCGGUCUCCAAAGAGCAGCAAUCGCCACCGGAAAAUGGCAGUUCCCUCCAAUCACCGGUCACCUCAGAGGCUGGCCAGGCCACGGCUGAUGCCCAGGCUCUCUGCCAGAUACGUGAGCAGAUGGCUCUGAGCCUCAAGCGACUCAAGGAUCUGGAGGAGCAGGUAAAGGUCAUACCCGACAUGGAGCAGGAACUGAAUGCUCUGCGUGCCGAGAAGCAGAAAUUGCUGCGCAAGAACGAGGAACUGCAGCUGCGUGGCCAACGACAGACGCCUUCGCCUCCAAGUCCCGGCCUGAAGACUGCUGCCUCGCCUGUGCAGUUCACCCCACAGCGGAUCAGUCCCGUGUCGCUGGAGAGUCUUGGCUCUCGGAUGCGCAGCAGUUCCGUCUCGGCCUCCCCCUCCUCGCCCAGCAUUGUUCGUCGGGAUGUGUCCACCCAGGCGGUGGUAAGGCCACCAUCCACCCGAGAUGUGGGCACUGGUCAUCAGACUAGCACCCGGAAUGCCGGCAUACAGUCCAUGGAGACAGUUUACUCCAAGGCAGAGCUGGAGCAGAAGGUGGAGCAGGCACUGGACAACGCCCAGAGGCAGCGACUCCGCAAGCUCAUUUCGGUGGGAACCCAGAUGUAUGUCCCCCAGAGGGAGCAGAGAGAAUCGGGAGUGCAAACCCUACCAGAGCGUCCCAAGAUGAAGCACCAUGUGGGAGUCAGUGCCAAGCCGACGACGCGGGAGAACUUCACCAGCUGCAAGCCGGAAGUGCGACAUGUGGGUAGCUCCGAGGAUCGACUGGACGAUGUGCUCUGCGAGAAGUGUGCGGUGAGCAAGAGGAGCGUGUCCUGCGGCCCUGAUACGCCGCCGGAGAAGGUGAAGCCGCCGCCGCCGCCGCAGAUGCCUGGACGCAGCAACACCUUCAGCCUGGGUGAGACUGAAUCCUUAGUGAAGGUGGUACACAAGGCCAUAGCUUGCCAGACGCCCACCACUUUGGUUCACAGUGUGGAAAGUCAGACCACCACACCCUACGUGCGUUCCACCGGCGCCCAAGUGAAUCCCCAGCAGCAGCACUCCUCAGUGCAAUGUGGAGUAAAGCAGGUGACCCGCCAGACGGACACCGUGGGUCUGCAGCGGCUGAGCCGGAGCGAGACCAAGGCAGAGCAGGUGGCCGAGUCGGUGGCAAAGCCCGCCACUCGCCACAUGGCCAGCAAUACGGACAAGGAGAAGGUGCCGGAACCCAAGCCGAAGCGUACCACCCACUCUUCCUGCAACACGGAGGAGGUCCGUAAGCGGGACGUAGGCUGCGGCGACAUUGUCAAGCCGCACAUCUCCAUUGCCUGUGCGGCCAACUACUGUGAUUCCUGCAAGGAGGCCAUCCAGGAUCUGGCUCGAGGCUUCAGCAAGGCCAGUCCCACGUCUCCAAGAGCCGGCGGUGCCGGGCGUCGCUCCACCUCGGCGGAUUCGCGGAUACCCAGGCCCAAGCACCUCACCAGUCCCAGUCCCGUGCGGAAAGAGUUCAAGCGGCAGAACACCUACACGCUGGCCACGCCCUCGCCCACGCCCAGUCCGCAGGUGGAGCGGAAGAUGCGAUUGAGCUCCCUGCAGGAGAAGCCCCCGACGGUGUCCAGCUUCCAGACACCAGAUCCCUCAAGCGAAAUCCAGAGCUUCAUCCGUCAGCCUCAGAAGGAUCGCCUGGACCUCAGUCUCCUAGGUGAUGAUGAGCUGAUUGUGCGCGAGGAGAAACGAGUGAGCAUCAGCUGGUCAAGGGAUGCUUCCCCAGCGCCACUCAUGACCUCCUCGGGAACCACCAAAUCCGAGUCGCCGGAUCAGGAGCCAGCCACGAUGAGCACCUCCAGCGAUUCCAGUCCUCCGUUGGAUGUGCAAGUAGCCCAGGGCGCUAGGAAGAAGUCCAGCACGCCAGUCAAGUCUAGUCAGAGCGAGGGCUCCCAGGUGACGGUGAUCGAAAAGCCGGCCACCAAGGCCCAGCUCCAUCAGCUGGCCCAGGCGGACACAGAGCCGCGGAAGAAAACCGAACUCUCCAAGGGUUUCCAGGAUGCCCUCAAGAUCAUCAACGAUUCGCUGCUAAAGAAACUGGGCGCCAAGCCCAUCUCCUCGCACAGCCUCAAGUCGGCCAAGGCGACCAUCCAGGACAAUUGGUUCAUCAACUCCAGUACUGGCAAGUCGGAUCCCCACCAGGUGGAGGAUUACCUCGACUAUUUUGAGUCCUUGUCGGUGCCACUGCUGGAAUAUUGUGUCAAUCUGUCUGAUAAUAAUGGCAACACAGCCAUGCACUAUGCGGUCUCGCAUGGCAACUUUGACGUAGUGUCCAUUCUGCUGGAUUCCAAGGUUUGCGACGUAAACCAAACGAAUAACGCCGGAUACACCUGCGUGAUGCUCGUAUCGUUGGCCAAGCUGCAGCAGCCGUCCCAUCGCACAGUCGUCGAGCGACUGUUCAAGAUGGCCGAUGUCAACAUACGGGCCAAGAAGCACUGCCAGACCGCCUUGAUGCUCGCUGUGUCGCAUGGUAAUGUGGACAUGGUCAACAUGCUCCUGGAUGCCGGGGCAGACAUCAAUAUCCAGGACGAGGAUGGCUCCACGGCGCUGAUGUGUGCCGCCGAGCAUGGACGGGUGGAUGUGGUGAAGCAUCUGCUAUCGCAUCCGGACUGCGAUUCCCUGGUCAACGAUGUGGAUGGCAGCACUGCCUUCAAGAUUGCCUGGCAGGCCGGGCACCGGGACGUGGGAUUGCUCUUAUAUGUCCACGAGCAGAUGCUGCGAAGCAAGCUGCCAAAUCGUGGAGAGCCCACAAGGACCUCUUUGAUAUCGUCCCAGCGGCACAAGCGACAGCCAUCGCAGUAGAGGACAAACGGAAGUCCACAAAAGCCAUAUCGAAACGAACAAAACAGAGCUAGUGUCCGCAUUUCCGUUUCCGGAGCACACACAUUCCAUGGCCAAGGAAGACACCAAGAAGCCACCAACACUUACGUAUAUUGUAUAUUGUAUAAUUAGACUUCGUUUGUCGUACGUUUUUAUUUAUUUUUUUAAAUCUAAUUUAGUGCUUAAAACUGUAGUAGAACCGUUUCUAAUAUAAAUCUAAUUUCGAUUUUCGAUCAAUCAACGAAGGCAGCAGCAGCAGUCACUGCAACUUUUAACUGAAUACUGGCCAGGGCCACCCCGAUAUACACAUAUAAGUUGUGAACACAAAACCAACCAUAUCAGCAAACGACAAUGCAACAAGCUAUAUAUACUAUAUGUAUAGAACUAACAACACAAUUAACAAUGAAAAUGAAUCAAAUCGACAAUUAUUUUAACAGAUCAAAAGGAAUGUAUUUAAUAGAAAUUAAAUCGAAAGCUAUUUUAGAAAGAGAAGUGUAUGUAAAAUAAAUAAACUCUUAAAUAGAAAAACA